CUUCCGUGUUGACCCGGAAGUGAAGGCCUCGCCGGGGUCAAGGGGGCGGAGUCACCGGGCUCCAAGAUGGCGUGGAGGAGCUUCUCCGUCCUACUCAGACUCACCGGAGAAGAAGUUUCACGGAGCUCCGUGAAGGGAGGAAGGUGUCCUCACGGCAUCCAGCAGAGAUGUGGCUUCAGGAAAGCCGCCAAAAAACCAGAAACCAAGAAGGUGGAGGAGGAUGUUCUGGCCCCCUACACUGAGUCCUCUGAGGCUGUGGCCCAACGCCGGACCCCGACCCCCCACAUGACCCAGAAGACUCCGUCCAGCUCCCCCCGAGCCUUCGGCCGACUCUUCCGACCGUUCGUCUUCACCGUGGGGUUUACAGGCUGCUCCUUCGGCUCGGCCGCCAUCUGGCAGUACGAGGCCGUCAAGUCCCGGGUCCAGAGCUACUUUGACGAGAUCCGGGCCGACUGGCUGGAGAAGGUCCGUCCCCAGAAACGAGGGGACAUCCGCAAGGAGAUCAACCUGUGGUGGAACGGCCUGAGUGAAGGACAGAGGACGGUCACAGGGAUCAUUGCUGCCAACGUCAUCGUCUUCUGCUGCUGGAGACUUCCUCCCCUGCAACACCUCAUGGUCAGAUACUUCACGGCCAACCCGGCCUCCAAGACGCUGUGCUCCCCGAUGCUCCUCUCCACCUUCAGCCACUUCUCUUUCUUCCACAUGGCCGCCAACAUGUACGUCCUGUGGAGCUUCUCCAGCAGCGUCGUGUCCAUGAUGGGACGAGAGCAGUUCAUGGCCGUCUACCUGUCUGCAGGCGUCAUCUCCACGUUCUUCAGCUACGUUUGUAAGACGGCCACGGGGAGGUUCGGUCCGUCUCUUGGGGCGUCUGGAGCCAUCAUGACCGUCCUAGCAGCCGUUUGCACCAAAAUGCCUGAAGCUAAACUGGCCAUCAUCUUCCUCCCCAUGUUCACCUUCACCGCUGGCAACGCUCUGAAGGCCAUCGUUGCCGUGGAUACGGCCGGUCUGGUUUUGGGCUGGAGGUUUUUGGACCACGCUGCUCAUCUGGGAGGAGCUUUGUUUGGGAUAUGGUACAUCCUGUUCGGCCACGAGUUGAUCUGGAAGAACCGAGAACCGUUCGUUAAAAUAUGGCACGAGCUGAGGACUCGAGGAGGAGGACGAGGAGGAGGAGGAGGAGGAGGAGUUGUCUAGAGCCAAUGAUAAUAAGUGUCUAAAUGUAAAGAUGUAUAAAAUGUACAGAGACCUGCAGCGAUAAAUAAUUAAUCAGGUUCACGUCAGCAGUUUGAUGCUGGUGGAAAAAAGAUUUAAAUAAAUGAGACAAACACUUUUUAAAUGGUUUGUUAAACUCUGUUUAUUUAUGUUUGUUGGGUUCUUUGAAAUAAAACUUUGAAAUGUUCAA